GGCUUCACUUUGUACGUCAUCGUGACGAUUUAUCGAUAAUUCUAGAAUAGAAAUUUCUCUUUUUUUGUUGGUUCUCGACGAAGUACAAAGCAUUUAGUGAUUCGAGGUCAUUGUAGAAUUUUCCAGAGAGUUUGGAUUAUAAACAUAAUUAAUUUGGUGCAUUAUCCUUUAAAGUAAAGUUGUUAGUCGAGUUAUUUAACGGCAGCAGUAAACUUAUAAAGCUACUUUUUAUCGGAUUACAUAAAGUAUAGAAUUCGAGCAUGGUUAAGGAAACGAAAUUUUACGAUAUUCUUGGUGUUAAACCAGGAUGUUCCCAAAACGAUUUAAAAAAGGCGUAUAGGAAAUUAGCUCUACAAUAUCAUCCCGAUAAGAAUCCUAAUGAAGGGGAAAAGUUUAAACAAAUCUCACAGGCUUACGAAGUCCUUUCGGAUCCGGAAAAAAAGAAAAUCUACGAUCAAGGAGGUGAACAGGCACUAAAAGAAGGAGGAGGCGGCGGAGGAUUCUCAAGUCCAAUGGAUCUAUUCGACAUGUUCUUCAAUGGUAGAUUCGCUGGAAGUGGUAGAGGUAGAAAAGAACGAAGAGGUAAAGAUGUAAUUCAUCAAUUAACAGUGACUCUAGAAGAACUUUACAAAGGAGCAGUUAGGAAAUUGGCUUUACAAAAAAAUGUUAUUUGUGAUAAAUGUGAAGGUCGUGGUGGAAAGAAAGGGGCAGUUGAACAGUGUCCUACGUGUAGAGGUACUGGAAUGCAAGUACAAGUUCAACAUUUAGGAGUAGGAAUGCUUCAACAAAUUCAGACAAUUUGCCCUGAUUGUCGAGGACAAGGUGAACGCAUUAAUCCUAAAGACCGUUGUAAACAAUGUAAUGGUAAAAAAGUUGUACGUGAACGUAAAGUAUUAGAAGUACACAUUGAUAAGGGUAUGACCGAUGGUCAAAAAAUUAUAUUCAAUGGGGAAGGUGAUCAAGAACCUGAAUUAGAACCUGGCGAUAUUAUAAUUAUCCUCGAUGAAAAAGAACAUCCAGUAUUUAGAAGACACAACGGAAAUGAUUUGUUUAUGAGAAUGGAUAUACAACUGGUGGAGGCAUUGUGCGGUUUCCAGAAAACUAUUCGGACUUUGGACUCCAGGGAACUCGUUAUUACCGCACUUCCAGGAGAGGUUAUCAAACAUGGAGAUUAUAAGUGUGUUUUGAAUGAAGGUAUGCCUCAAUAUAAGAAUCCCUUCGAGAAAGGCCGUCUUAUCAUUCAGUUUAUGGUACAAUUCCCUAAAACCAUUCCUCCGGAAAUUAUUCCGGCUUUGGAGAACGUUCUGCCUCCAAGAGAAGAAAUCAUGAUAUCCGACAACGCGGAGGAAGUGAUGCUCGUCGAUUUCGAUCCGGAAACGGAAGCGAGAAGAAGGUCAUCUAAGAACGCGUGCGACGAAGACGACGAAAUGCACGGACAAGGACAACGGGUACAAUGUGCCGCUAAUUAAUUUAUUAUCCAGUAGAAAAAUUUUCACUUUGACGGUAUAUUAACGCGAAGGGGGAUACGAAAAUUGACUGGAUGUGCAAAAAGUACGAAAAAAUGUGAUUUUUUUUACGUUUUUGUUUAUUUUUUCAUUGUAACAUUCAUGUUUCGAAUGAGGUUGUUUUUUAUGGUGUUUUGUCGUCCCUCUUUGUGCGCUUGUAUAGCUGAAAAUGUUGUAUAACUGGCUAUUAUUAAUAUUGUCAUUUGAAAUUAGAUAAUUUAUUCACGUGUACUUGCAUAUUAUCGAAAAUUAGGUAACUUUAUUUUACAUUGUAUUCAAUAUUGUGAAAUAUCAGUAAAUCAACACAUAAUCUCAA